UCGUGUUCUUAGUAUUCUUUAAUUUUGUAGUGAUUGAAUUUGGGUUAAUUAGGCCUCCUCAAUCAUUAGCAAAUUUCAUUUUAUCUACUCAUCUAUUAAAGCCUACAUUUUGUUCCAUCUGGAGGGGUGAAAGUGAUGCUUUUGUGUAGUUGAAGGUUAAAAUGUACAGAUUCAUAAAUGUGGGUAAAGUGAUAAUUCCCUAAUUGUUAAGAGGGUUUAAUUAACCCAUUGAAUUUCUGGUUUGUGGUUUGGUUAUUUAUGGAUAUGACUUCAGCUCAAUCAUGAACUCCUCUUCUUCUUCUUCUUCUUCUUCUUCUUCUUCUUUUUUCCCUUAUUUCUUAGGUUUUUUCUGAGUUUUGCUCGGUUCAUUUGGUAGUAUCCUAAGGAUUCAUUGGUUGCCCUUCCGAGAAUUAUCAUAUGUUGUUCAAACUCAUGGUUGAUUAAGCUUGUGUCCCUGUUAGCACUAUUGGUGUUUAGUCCUCAGUGGAAUUACAAGUCAUUAAAGUGAGCCUUUUAAGUCACUAAUUAAAUACUGAGUCUAUUACCUUUGAGCUGUAAUCCACAUACAUUCUUAGUACCACAAGCAGAACACAACACUACCACUCUCUUGGCAGGACUUACUGUGUUCAAGCUCUCUGUCAACUGGAUGUGCUCCAUUGAAUAAAAGUAUGAGCUCUUCGUCGACUCAAUUUGCCACUUCAGGCAGGAUGGGUUUGUACGAGCCAAUCCACCAGUUUGGCAUGUGGGAUAGCGCAUUUAAAGGUGAAAUUAGCCCAAACAUGGCCAGUUCUAUAAUUGUACAGGUUGAUGCUAGUCUAGGCGGCAACAAGUCGGAAUAUACAACUUACGAGUCAGAAGGCCCUUCAGGAAACAAUCAACAAGUGAACAAAACACCCGAUAAGGUACAAAGACGUCUAGCACAAAAUCGUGAAGCUGCACGUAAAAGCCGGUUGAGGAAAAAGGCCUAUGUUCAACAAUUGGAAACGUGCCGAUUGAAGUUAAGCCAAUUGCAGCUGGAACUUGAGAGGUAUACACCGCAGGGUGCUUACAUAGGGGGUGUGCUAAAUAUUGGUCAUAUAGGUUUGUCUGUACCUGUAAACUCAGGUAUUACUACAUUUGAGAUGGAAUAUGGACACUGGGUUGAAGAGCAACAAAGACAGAAUAUUCAACUAAGAGAGGUGUUGCAAGCUCAUAUAAGUGAUAUAGAGCUCCACUUACUCGUGGAAAAAGGCUUAAACCACUAUGGCAAUCUCUUCCGUAUGAAAGCAGAUGCUGCAAAGGCUGACGUCUUCUAUUUGAUGUCUGGCAUAUGGAGAACAUCGGUUGAGCGCUUUUUUCUUUGGCUUGGAGGAUUCCGCCCAUCAGAGCUUCUAAAUGUACUAAUGCCGCAACUUGAGCCCUUGACUGAUGGACAACUUAUGUUGGUUAAUAACCUGCGGCAAUCAUCUCAGCAAGCUGAAGAUGCUCUCACGCAGGGAAUGGAUAGACUUCAUCAGACAUUGGCACAGAGAAUUACAGCUGAACCUACUGAUGCAGGAAUUUAUAGCUCUCAGAUGGCUUCUGCAAUGGAGAUGUUGGAUGCACUGGAGAGAUUUGUGAACCAGGCAGAUCACCUUCGCCAACAAACUCUGCAUCAAAUAUCUCGCAUCUUAACAACCCGUCAAGCAGCUCGAGGCCUGCUUGCGUUGGGAGAGUACUUUCAACGACUCCGUACUCUUAGUUCGCUUUGGGCUGCUCGUCCUCUUGAACCCGCCUAGUUUACUAUGGUAGGAACCACAAACCACAAUAUUAAGGCUGUCACGUAUUUUACAGACUACAUUGUAAUCUGCUUAAUAUUUUGAAAGUGGCUUCUUUGUAAAUAUGAAGAGGAGAUUAAUUUGAACUUUAAACAUUCAGUUCCUGUGUUGUAUAGUGUA